AUGGCGUUCAGUUGGUGGCUUCUUCCAUUGAUGUUACAAGCACUACAUGGGGUGACAGAUGCCACGGUGAAACUCAACAAUGGUGGGUUUGAAGACGUGGUCAUUGCAAUCAACCCUCAGAUACCAGAAGACAAGAAAAUUCUCGACAACAUAAAGGUGCGACUGCUAAACGUUUCUAAAUGUGUAGAAUGUGCAAGCAUAGGUGGGGAUAUAAGUAUAUAGUAAUAAUAAUAAUAGGGACGCGGGUGGCGCUGUGGGUUAAACCACAGAGCCUAGGACUUGCCGAUCAGAAGGUCGGUGGUUUGAAUCCCCGUGACGGGGUGAACUCCCGUUGCUCGGUCCCUGCUCCUGCCAACCUAGCAGUUCAAAAGCACGUCAAAGUGCAAGUAGAUAAAUACGUAGGUACCGCUCCGGCGGGAAGGUAAACGGUGUUUCCGUGCGCUGCUCUGGUUCUCCAGAAGCGGCUUAGUCAUGCUGGCCACAUGACUAAGCUGCAUGCCGGCUCCCUCGGCCAGUAAAGCGAGAUGAGCGCCGCAACCCCAGAGUCGGCCACGACUAGACCUUUACCUUUAAUUACUUUAUUUAUUUAUUUAUUUAUUUAUACAUACCCGCCCAUCUGGCUGGGUUUCCUCAGCCACUCUGGGCGGCUUCCAACAAAACACUAAAAUACAAUAACCUAUUAAACAUUAAAAGCUUCCCUAAACAGGGCUGCCUUCAGAUGUCUUCUAAAGGUUUGGUAGUUAUUUUUCUCUUUGACAUCUGGUGGGAGGGCGUUCCACAGGGCAGGUGCCACUACCUGUAACUUGGCUUCUCGCAGCGAGGGAACCGCCAGAAGGCCCUCGGCGCUGGACCCCAGUGUCCAGGUAGAAUGAUGGGGGUGGAGACGCUCCUUCAGGUAUACUAUAUAUAUGGGUGGGAACAGCAAGAAAAUGUUGCAGUAUACAAUUAGCUGGUGUAAAGGACGCCAGCAUAAGUUAAGCCAAUAUAAAGUACAUCCGAUUCAAGCUCUGUUCAAGACUGGGGCUACUACUGGUUGAGCCAGCCUAAGCCUGGCAGAGGGAAGGCAAGCCUUUAAAAUCGUUACACCACCCCUAAGUGCACAUUCUACAAACCCAAAUGCAGAUACUAGUCACUGAACACACGGAGGUCUUUCUUUCCUUUCCUUGCUAGGGCAUGGUUCAAGAAGCAUCUGCUUACCUCUUCGGUGCAACACAAAAAAGAUUUUAUUUCAAGACUGUAAAAGUGAUCAUUCCCUCGACGUGGAAAACAAAAGCUGACUAUCAAAGAGUAACUAGAGAGUCAUACGAUAAGGUAAAUCUGGAGAGAAUGCAUUGAAAUGUAGGCGUACUUAGGGUAUUUUUUAAAAGAUUGUGGUAGCUCAACUUACUUCUGAGUAAACAGGCAUAGAUUUGGGCUGUGUACAUUCGCAGACCCUCCAAGUAUCCCUUAUAUUCAUAAUAAUAAUAAUGAGGAUUUUUGCUGAGGCAAAAAUCACGAUAAAGCAUUAAUAUCAAAGGUACUUUGCUGCUGCUUUUCUGGGUGAUCUUUCAACCAAAUUCUAUUUUAUUUCAGGCAGAAGUCAUAGUGGCAGCUCCUUACCUGAAACAUGGAGACGAUCCCUACACCUUGCAAUAUGGCGGAUGUGGGGAACCUGGGCGAUACAUUCAUUUAACUCCUAACUUCCUGACAAAUGACAAGUUGCUUGAUGCUUAUGGACCACGAGGUAUUACUUACUACCUGUUCGUUCAGAUUAAACUAUUCGAGUUUCCCUAAAAUAACAGAGUAAGGAAAGUCCUGAAGAACCUAUACCACUUUAAACUUUAUCACUCUAAAGGCAACCAAAACGUCAUAAGGAACCGGCAAUAUCUCUGUGUCCAGUUCAUCAGCACAUUUUUCAACCCACAAAAAUGUGCCUCUGUUUCCUUUCAGCAACGUUACUGCGGUAGCUUACACACCAUAAAGUAAACAACUUCCUACUGUUUUCAGGAUUAUUUAAGGGAGGUGCAUUUAGGAGGUGUAUGCGAUCUGUAUCAAGUACUUUCAGACUCUCUCGUGGGUUAAUAUCUGAAGCCAUUAAGAAUUGUCUUAAAAUGAACAUAGCCAAGGAAUAUCCUGUUCUGUGAGAGCUCAAGGCUCACAGGAGAAGCCCGGUAGUGUCUCAUCAAGAGGCUAAGUCAAUACUCCAUCAGAAAUACAAGGGAUCCACAGCCCUUCUGAGGAAGUGAUGCAUGAUGAUGCCUCUGGAAGCACUUAGACUGGGCCAGAGACUGAGACAUCUUGACUGGGUGCAUAGCGAGCCCCACCUUCCAAAAGAAGAUGGCUGCCUUUAAAGGGCACUCACCUUAUUGGGCAGUCCUUGUGGCUGGGGAGGCCGGAGUACUGUGGGAGAUUCAUCUUCUGAAUCAAAGGAGGGCGGGCAGGAUGUGCCUCUGGCUGGCAGGAUCUGGAAGAGGCUGUGGAAAGCUUAAGUCUUGUCCUCCUCAUAGCUGUCAACCGUCCCUUAUUUGGUGGGAAAGUCCCUUAUCCCAGGGCUGUGUCCCGCUGCUGUCCCUUAUUGAUGAUGUCCCCUAAAUUUCCUGGGUUUCAAAGGAAGCAGCUCCUCUCCCUCCCUCCCUGCCGGCCAGGAAGGAGGGAGGCUCCAACUGUGUUGCUUGGCUGCGUUGCUCACCCAAUAAGGAGUCUAAGAACGACUGGGGGGUGGAGUUUGCAUGCCUUGUGCCGAUCAAAUCAGCCGUGUUGCCUGGGGACUCGCCUUUGCUCAGCGCUUCCCAGCGGAGAGGUGACGGUGGUUUCCCUUGCUGCCGGGUUUCUGUGCUGUGGGAACCACCGCUUGAGGCUUCAUUUGGCUGCUGGCUGGGCUUUCUACCUUUGGCUUGUAGGGGCUCAGAAGUUGAACAUACCUGUGCUUGGAAAAUCCCUUAUUUUGGCUGCUGAUCCCUUAUUUUUGAGGCUGUUGGUCCCUUAUUUUCAAAUCUGUAACUUGACAACUAUGGCCCUCCUCCGUUGCACCGUACACAGUCCCCGGGUCAUAACAAGGAAAGCUAAAUUGAAUUUUUAAUUGUUUGUUGAACGGUAAAAAUAGAGGUGCAUCUUCCACCAUUUGCUAUGCAGCACUACCCCCCCCCCAAAAAAUACAGAAGAGCUCAGAUUGAAAAGAAGGCUAAUCCAAUAAUAAUAGAUACUUAACCAUUGGUAUGACUGCACAACAUUUCAGAUUUUAUUUUAUGGGGGGGUGUUGUUUGUGGGAUGGGUGUGUUAUAAUUGUCAAGGAGGGGUUUGCUUUCCUGAGUCCUCCAUCCAAGCUAGUAAUCAGUCACACACAGGCGCCGAAUGGGUUGCCAGGCUUGAUUGGCUUCUUCUCGAGCACCAGCUACAGAACAUCAAAGAGCAAGUCUAAAACACGGUGUGUUCUCUCCCCCUACCCCGCCCCACCGAAGGCUUAUAGGGGCUGGGGAAUGUAGGCAACCAUCCAGCCCCAUCACAUGCUCCCACUUUGGGGACUAAUUCUUACCACCUGCCUGAGGUACCCUGACAUAAGGUAAAGGUAAAGGAACCCCUGACUUAGGUCCAGUCGUGACCGACUCUGGGGUUGCAGCGCUCAUCUCGCUUUAUUGGCCAACGGAGCCAGCAUACAGCUUCAGGUCAUGUGGCCAGCAUGACUAUGCCACUUCUGGCGAACCAGAGCAGUGCACAGAAACGCCGUUUACCUUCCCGCUGGAGCAGUACCUAUUUAUCUACUUGCACUUUGACGCGCUUUCGAACUGCUAGGUUGGCAGGAGCAGGGACCGAGCAACGGGAGCUCACCCCGUCGCGGGGAUUCGAACCGCGGCCUUCUGAUUGGCAAGUCCUAGGCUCUGUGGUUUAGCCCACAGUGCCACCCGCGUCCCUGAGAUACUUGCUCACUAUUCAUGGCAAUAAUUUCUAUCUACCUGUAUACUGUACUUUUUAAAAAAGGUAUCUUAGGUUUUGUCCUUGAUCUUCCACAGGCAGAGUCCUUGUCCAUGAGUGGGCUCAUCUCCGAUGGGGUGUCUUUGAUGAAUAUAAUGACGAUGCACCUUUCUACUCUCCUGGGGGAAACAGCAUGCCUGAAGCAACGAGGUACCACCCCAAAUCUCCAAGAGAUGCAUCUCUUCUUUUAUAAGUGAUGUUUGCCUUGGGCUCGUUCGUUUGGUUGCGGUGUGAAUCAUUGUCUUGAGGAUGAGCUUUGAUGAUAUAUGGAAGAGAUUUCUCAUUAGGGCAAAGUGGAGGUAAUGUCCUGCCCUCGGGCAAGUGCCCAAUUUUCCGCUGCCCAAGACCUUAUUUUCGGCCAGCUUACUCAGUCUCUCUGGAGACUGUUCUCAGCCACAGUCCUGCACACAAUUUAGCCCAGUAGUGCAUUUCUUUUGGCAUGGUGACGUUUCAGCGGAUUGUCCCUACUUCUGUUUGCUCCUCACCUGAGUCUAACCUGGCAAUUUUGUUUCCAGUGGCCCACAAUGCCAAACAAAAGACGCCAUUUGCUGUGUGCUGAAGACAGGCCUGGAUAUUGGCAUGGCUUGGAGGAGUUAGUUACUAGAAAGCUUUCCAGACCCUCCAUCGCCCAGAACCCAGCAAGCCUUAAAAGUAGGAGAGCAAAGAGCUCAAAGACAGAGGGCACAUAGCAGCACACAUAGAAGUGAUGAAUAAGGAAGUGGGAGAGAUGGGGUGGUGGUGGAGAUUCACUCGGGACAACACCAAUAUUCAAGAGUCUGGGUUCUAGGGUCUCUCUCUGUAGUGUUUGAAAUAAAAAGGGACUGUAAAAAACUUUUCCUUGUUUUUAUACUUUCCUGGGCAACCAGCUGGGAGCUGCUAGGAGCAUUCUGACAUGAGCUAAUGUACCAACUAAGCACACAUAAAAAUCAGAUCUGAACCACAUGUUUGCUGAAUAAAGUACCUGUCUAGAAAUCAUCUAUAUAAUUGAUUCAAACUCUUUCAUCUCCGCCCAUUAUGAAGAGUUCUACAAUCUGAUCUUCAGGCCGGGCUGGUGGGCACUGGAGUUUGUCUUAGCAGUCGUGGCAUUACAGAAAACAAGAUACCAUACAAUCAUACCAGGAUGUGAUUAUUUAUUGACUUUUAAACCGACCAUGUCUGUUUCUGUUAUAUUGAUUAGGUGCCCAGCUACUUUCAAGGGUAGCUACGUAGUCCCGCUCGCUGAUGGAACUACCAGACCAUGCAAAGUUGAACCAAAAACUCAGCUGUAUGAAUCUGGGUGCCAAUUCAUUCCAGAAAAAAAUCAAAAUACUCCAACAUCUAUAAUGUAUGUGCAAAGUAUCCCAUCGGUAAGUAUGAUAGGUUUUAGUUGGGAUUUAUUUUUCUCCAAUGCCUCAAAAAUGCAGGAUUUUUGCUAAGUUAAAUAUAAUAUUUGGAGAUUUUUAGCUUCAAUUCUUGCAGGUAAUUGUGUGUGUGUGUGUGUGUGUGUGUGUGUGUUUCACCAAUAAGAUUGUGUUAGGGCUGGGGAGAAAGUCUUCCAACCAAAAUUUAGUUAUAUUGACCUAGCAAUUCAAGAAGAAACUCUUUCUUAAAGGCCUGCAGUUUUCCCGUCCUUCCCUCUUGAAACCUUCUCUCAAUUUAUAGAAGCUACAUACAGCACAAGCUACAGGACCCAGACUGACUGAGCAGCCACUAGGUCCAACAGUAGGGUUGCCAUAUGUUCAGACACAGCCGGCAAUUGGCUGUCGGAAACUUUGCCCAAAAAAGUGCAACCCGAAUAAGGUAGUUGAGGCACAUAGUCAGACUGAAGGAAAGUGAGAUGGGUUCUGUUGCUCUCUGCAACAGAACAACUAACAUUUGAAUAAUUGUGUGGGGUUCUGCAAAAUGUUUCUGGUUUGUGAGUAGAGUUGAGGUACCCUUCAAAGUUCGCCCUCAGACCUUCCAACUGUCCCUAUUUUCCAGGGACAGUCCAGGAUUUACAGAAGCCAUCCUGGUUUCUGAUUUGACCCUGGAAUGUCCUGCUUUUCCUUAGGACGUCCCUAUUUCCACCAGGGAAAUGUUGGAGGGUAUGUUCCCUUCUUCGGCAGGAAACUGCUCAGAGUGAAAAGCUAGGUAGGUGAGCAAGCGAAGGAACGAGGGAACAAACAAGCAUAUGUUCAUCUGUUCUUUUUGUCUGAAAAAGAAUGUCCACUUUUGUAGCACCUCUUCCCAAGGAAUGGCUGCCAUGAGGUAGAUAUUGCUUAUAAGGUUGUGAACUUGAUUUAUUCUUCUUACCUUUUAUUUAGGUUACUCAGUUCUGUGACAAAAGCAACCACAAUACUAAAGCAACAAAUAUGCAGAAUAAAAUGUGCAACUACAGGAGCACCUGGGAUGUAAUUACGACUUCUCCUGACUUUGCCAAAUCAACUCCACAAAGAGCUCCUCCGCCUAGCCCCACUAUCACUUUGCUGCAAAAACAGGAGAGAGUUUUGUGCCUAGUACUUGAUGUUUCUGGAAGUAUGGGUUCGGUGAGUCUAUGUUUUCGGUUCUCAGAAGAAGUAUUUUGAGACAGUUCAAAAAUGAUGGAAUUGACGUCAAUAGUGACAACAAGUGUCAAUACAGCAUUGACAUUUCUGUCAUAAAUGCCACACUGUUUUAUAUAAUAAUAAUAAUUUAUUAUGUAUACUCCGCCCAUCUGGCUGGGUUUCCCCAGCCACCCUGGGUGGCUUCCAACAGAAUAUUAAAAUACAAUAGUCUAUUAAACAUUAAAAGCUUCCCUGAACAGGGCUGCCUUCAGAUGUCUUCUAAAAGUCUGGUAGUUGUUUUUAUCUUUGAUAUCUGAUGGGAGCGCGUUCCACAGGGCGGGCGCCACUAUCGAGAAGGCCCUCUGCCUGGUUCCCUGUAACUUGGCUUCUUGCAGCGAGGGAACCGCCAGAAGGCCCUCGGCCUUAUAGAUAGGGAGCCUGUUUUGGGUUUUAGAUUAGAUUUGGUUAAUUUGGAUAUAUAUGAAACUACAGUAAUUAAUUCAUACAGGAGAAGAGUUCUAGGGCAAGGGCGGGCAACCUGGCUGAGGUAGAAUGCAAGGUCUGCUCAUCCUAAAUCCCCAGUUGGUGCAGGGAACCUAGAGGAAGAGUUGGAGCAUGGGAGGUGAAAAAUGCAGGGGUGAAAGUGAAUGGAAGGAGGCAAAGGAAAUCCUGAUCUGGCCAGAUCAAUCAGGUCUUUCAGGUUUCUCAAUUGUGCAGGAAACGUCAACAGCUGCACAAGGCUUCCCUACUGCAGAAAUACCCUACUGCAGAAGUUUAUGGUAGACACAUGAUGGAGGUUGGAGAAGUCACAUAGCUCCUGGGAUGGGUAGCUAUAAAUGCGUUUUCCUGCCGCCCUGGCUUUUCUAUGUUCUGGAGACAGGCUUCUGCAGAGCUUAUCGGAGGCCUGGGGCAAGAGUCUUGUUAGACUAAAGUUAUAAACUCAAACCCAAAACAACCAAUCCCUGGCAGGGCCCCCCAGCCGGCUUAGCCCUCUGAGGCCCAGGGAAGUGUACCUGGCUGCCUCACACCUCCACUGCAUGGGCCUGUCUGGUAAUAGUCCUUGAAGUGGAUUUAAGAGACAUGGGAGGUCCUUAUUUUCAUUGGAGAAAUGUAUGGAAUCUUUUAAUUGAAAGGCAGAGUUUACAUCAUCUAACUAAACAACUGCUAAGCAAAUGGGAGGGGGACAUUCUGGAAUGGAGUUUAUAUUUCUAUACUAGCAUACAGAAAUUUGAAUAUCAGACACAAAAACAUUGUAGGAUAAUCAUUCUCCAACAGCAGAAUUUGUGGGACAAGCCCCAUUGCAAUGAAUGGUGCUCUUGUGAACCUCCCAUCCAUUUCAAUGGAGCCUGUGCAUGAAAACAUCCAGAUGGAUUGUGCCCAACAUUGCAACAUGGAUGAGGUUAUUUGGAAACUCAUGAACAUUAUGCAUUUGCCUACAUCCACCUAAGUUUAUCAAGCCUUGUUUUUUAAAGUAUAAUUGACAGUUGCAUUUUCAGUCAUUUAUUUGCUUCCCAGAAUCCACUGGCAGUUCUGUGAAUGCUGGUUUUUUUAUUAAUAUUAUUGUUAUUCCUAUGCAGAGCAAUCGCAUUGGUCGGCUGAAGCAAGCUGCGGAAAUAUUCGCCCUGCAGAUUAUUGAAGCGGGAUCCUGGGUUGGAGUAGUCACGUUCAAUAGCGCGGCAACAGUCCAGACUCAACUGAGGCAGAUCAGCAGCGACAGUGUGCGCAAAACUCUGGCAGGGUUUCUUCCUACUUCAGCUGGUGGAGGAACUAACAUAUGUUCUGGAGUGCGGUCAGCAUUUCAGGUGAAAAAGAAUAAAAUUCCAGAUCCUUUUAUUCCUAUUCUUCUUUGUAGGGUAGCCAGAUGCAAAAGUGUAAAGGGCUGCUGUGUAUCUAAGGGUUGUGUACAAGAGGGUAUUUCAGCAGGUAUGCUCUCUCAUAUAAGCCAAGAAACAAACUCAGUGCAGAGAAGAUAGAGAUGCUAUUUGCAGGUGGAUCCACUGCCUGGGUAAGUUCUGGAUAAGUUCUGGGUAAGUUCUGCCUGGGUAAGUUCAACCAGUUCUGGAGGGAGUCCCAAUUCUCUGAAAGAUCAGGUUCCUAGCUUGAGUGUACUUCUGUAUCCAUUGAAGUGACUGGAGGCAAAAGUGGCUUCCACCAGGUGUGGCUUCUGCCAUCUAUGAACUGGAAGCCUCUCAGUUUGAUUAUUUAUUAUUGUCCAUCUAUCCCACCUUUCCUCUGAGGAGGUCAAGGUGGUCUCUCAGGCUGAGAGACUAUUUGGCCUGAGGUCACCCAGUGAGCUUCAUGGCUGUGUGGGGUUUCAAGCCAUAGCCUUGGCCAACAUUUCCAUGGUUUCAAACCAUGGUCCUAGUCCAUGGUUUUAACCACAGCUUUCUCGUGUGAAAUAGCAAAUGCUAAUACUUCCUUAUUAACAACCAUGGAAGAUAUGGCACCCAUCUCACCAGACUCUGCUUCUGUUACAGGUAGGGAAUUAGUUCACACAGAACAGCAGCAACACACCACACUUAGUGGAGCUUUGUAGCAUUUUCUUGUUCAUUUUAAGCACAAAUGGUGCCCGGUGGCUUCCACAUUCCUAGUUGCUGCUAAGAUUCUAAAUGCUCUCCUCCAUACAGGUGUUUUUAAAGAAGUACCCAAAUACCAGAGGCUGUGAAAUUGUGCUCUUGACAGAUGGAGAAGAUAAACAAGUAAAUUCCUGCUUUACCGAAGUUCGAAAUAGUGGGUCUAUAAUCCACACCAUUGCUUUGGGACCAAGCGCUGCAAAAGAACUUGAAAUGCUGGCAGACAUGACGGGUAAGGGAGCGGGCAGAAUGCCACACCCUCAGUCCACUUGGUGCCAACUGGGGUUUCGCUAAGAGUGAGUUUACUAGUGGGCUCAGCCCCCUGCCAUGCUACUUUCAUCCGCACCAUGUUCCUCCUACUUGCCCACAGAAACUUCAUUGCUUUUCAGUGCUCUAGACACCUACUUUAUAUUUACUGACGCACAGAUGUAUUUUGCACACAGAUGUAUAAAAGACUACACUACAACAGUGUAUUGCCUUUUAUUCCAUCAAACCAAGUAUCCUAACUGUUCCUUCAAUCGCAUUCCAGGAGGUCUGAAAUUUGCUGCCACUGACAGCUUGAAUUCCAAUGCUCUCAUUGAUGCUUUCAGCGGAAUUUCUUCAGGAAGUGGAGAUCUCAGUCAACAAUCUAUUCAGGUAUGCAUUGCAAAGAUUAGAGUGAAAUAAGCAGUUUUACUACGACUAUUAGGCACUGUAAAAAAAAAUGUUUAAAGCACAAAGUAAAAUUAAUUCUAUAGUCCAUAUUUUACUAGUAUUGUGCAGCAGGAAAACCAGGCAGAAUUCACAGAUCUUACAGAGGUGGAUUUUGGCAGCGCUGAAACAACAUUUCCAUUUUUACUGGUCCUAAUUCAGUUGAAUGUGUGGUCAUACAAGCACCAUGGUCCCAUGCCAGAUUGUGUCUCAUUGACUACUCUUUGCCAAAAUGUGGCGUCAGAUCUGUUGCUUCACCUAGAGUUGCCCCCCAAAUCUCCCAUUGUAUCGGCUGCAAAUUUACUUCUCUUUGCCUGUGGAAUUAGAGUUGUGUGUCUCGCAGAGUCAACCUCUCAUUUGAGAUCUUUGAUUUGCAUUUGAUCAGAGGUUGUCCCAGCUUUUGAGCUUCAUUUAGAAGUCAAACAUGCCGUCAGAAAAAUCUCCUUAAACUGCAUGUUUUUGACACUUGGCGUUUGUAGCAAACCUUUUGGGUUAAAACUUACAAGGUGGCUAGCACCCAGCAAAAGGCCACAUGCGACCACAAUAAAUAUAUUUGGUGCAGGAAAAUAAAUUACGGCAUCUGCAGGGAAUGGAUUGAGCAUCCAGCAUCUUAUAUCUGGGAAGGGUUGUUGAGCUGGGGUUGCUACAUUGUUUGUUUUCCUCCAUGUCUUUAACCAUGGAGAUAUUGUAGGAUACCAAUUUUAUCCCCGUUGCAGAUCUAUUCAGGUUAUAAAACUUUUCAAAUAUAUCAGCGUACUUAUUUCCUCUCCCCACCCCCAACAGCUUGAAAGUAAAGCGAAGGAAGUAGCUGCCAAGAAAUGGAUGUUUGGUAUAGUAUCCAUUGAUAAAACGGUGGGAAAAGACACUUUCUUUGUCAUUACAUGGAGCGCAAGCACAACUCCACCAGAGAUGUUUCUGGAAGAUCCCAAGGGGAAAAAGUACCGUACAAAGGACUUCAUAACUGAUAAAACCAACCUACGGACAGCCCGGCUCCAGAUUAGUGGAAUCGCAGAGGUAAAAUAUUCACUCUCUAUGCAGAUAACUCUUCUGUUGCUUGUGUGCCUUUUCCUUUGGAAAAUAAGGAUACAUUAUGCAAGUGGGGAAGAGCCAUUUACUUCUCGAAGUCCUCGGUGUAAGAUUUUGCAAUGAUAUUAACAGUGCUUUGUUUUUCCCUAGAAGAGAAGGUGCCAGUACUCACAGCCUAGAAAUGGCUGGAGAAAGGACAACCAAGCGGGCAUAAGGGGCGGGGGAGACGCUCUGCGCAUGCUCAGGGAAGGAGGCAGCAGGCCUCUAGGAUCCUGGCACAGUCUCAUGCCUCAUUCCCCAAGCCCAGAAAGCGCUUGCCUGGCUCUGGGACGGAGGCAGGAGAUACCACCCCCUGGGGGCCCCCAGAACCUCGGGUGCAAAUGGGAGGCGUUGAAUAAAAAUAAGGGGGGUGGAAGCAUAAAUAAAGAAGACAAGAAAAAAUUGAAAAGCCAUUUGUACAUGUUUCCUUUCCCAGGAGAGCACUGAGUAAUUUUUGUUUUCCCCGAAAAGGGUGCGGUAGGCCAAAUAAGUUUGGGAACCUCUGGUCUGGAAGGUGUUCUUACAUUUCCUAGCUCAUCAAAUGCCUAGCAUGACGCUGCUGCUAGUAUCUGCUCUUGGUAUAUUUUCAAUAAAAAAAGACACCCCAUCUUAUCAAAGCAUAAUAAUAACCGAAGGAAAUAGGAACUGUAUUUAUAAACAGUUAGAUAUGGGAUAUUUAAUAUCCUUCUAUUUCUCAUCACUUGAUUUCCAGGCAGGAGACUGGAAGUAUUCCCUGCAGAAUCAAAAUACAGCUCAAACCAUGACAAUAACAGUCACCAGCCGAGCAAGGUCAGCAACUGUGCCUCCAGUUCGUGUGAUGCCUCUUAUAAAAAGAACGCAUAAGUUUCCUGAUCCGUUGGUUAUUCACGCAGAAGUCAGCCAAGGGUUCUUACCUGUGACUGGUGCAAAAGUCAUAGCCACAAUUGAAGCAGACAAUGGAGCAGCUGUGGAUCUAGAGCUUUUGGACAAUGGCGCAGGUAAGUUUGUUUCGAAGCGUUUGCGGCACUAUGCAUUUCCCACAGAAUCAGAACAUUAACUCAUCUAGUCUAGCAUUAUGUAAUGAGACACGGUGGCUUGUCAAGAUGCCUGGCAAUUGUAUUUUCAAAACCAGCCAUUUUUUUAAUUUAAAAAAAUUGUUUGUUUGCUCAUUUACAAUAUUUGCAAACCACUAAAAAGUCCCAGUUCAGACUACGCACAUAGGUGAAAUAAAAUUAAAUGCAAUAAAAUAGUAUAGUAUAAUACAACAUUCAACGUAAUAUCAAAUAUGAAAUAAUUGGCUUCUAAAACGUAGACUCAUAAACAGGCAUAAAACUCAAAACCGACUGGCAAACAGUUAUGUCCUCCCCAAAGCCUGAGAUCCUUUUUAGCUUGCGUUGCCAGAGAUAUAAACUGCCUGCAGAACAUAUGCUCUACCCCUGAGAUGAGACCAAUAGGGAAUACUCCAUUCUGGGUCUUUGCGAAACCCUUCUAGGUGCUAACACCUUCAGUCCUUCUGUCUUUCACCUGGGAGAGAUAGCAAGGAGAUGCCAUGCUUUCCCAUACCCUCCAACAUUUCUCCGAUGAAAACAGGGACGUCCCAUUCCAUAAUGAUAAUUUUGCUAUUUAUACCCCACACAUCUAACUGGGUUGCCCCAGCCACUCUGGGCAGCUUCCAACAUAUAUAAAAGAAUAAUAAAACAUUAAACACUUAAAAACAACAACACAACCCUAUACAGGAUUGCAUUCAGAUGGCUUGGGGGUCGGAGAACUCCAUACUCUCCAACAUUUCUCCAAUGAAAAUAGGGACAUCCUAAGGAAAACCAGACAUCCCGGUCAGAAACCAGGAUGGCUUCUUUAAAUCAGGGGUGUCCCUGGAAAACAGGGACGCUUGGAGGGUCUGGGAUGCCAUCAGCACGGAUGUAAACCUAACAAGAGUUACCUGGGCAGAACCCUGACUCCAAGGCUUACAAUCUGCAAUAGGUAGUGGUAAAAAGGGGAAGAUCCCACCCCCCAAAAAAACCAUUUAAAGUACAUUCAGUCACUUCACCCAAAGAAAAGUGGGACAUUCUGGAAUCAGAUCAGGGAUGUCCCUGGAAACUAGGGACACUUGGUGGGUCUGGUUUCCAGGUGUGCUUCUUGAUAUAGAAGGAGCUAAUAGCCCCAUCUGGAUGCUUUAAGCCUCCAUGUGAUUAGAAUUACAUGAAGAAUGGAGGAAACAGCUGCCCCCAUUGUCAUCCUCCAUCAGUUGGUGAUGAAUGUCUGCCAUGGGGAACUUGCUCUACUCCCUACAUAUUUCGAAACCCUAAAUUGUGCAGGGAGCCUGCUGAAGUGGAAACGGCUUCCCAUUUCAGAAGUUAUCCCCCUCAUCAGUGCCAUCUUCCUAGGAAAAGAGGCGCUGGAACUCACCUUGAACAUUUCCCUUGUUCUCUUAUAAUGGCAAUGGCUUCCACCUGAGAGGGGCUAGAACCAAGUUCCCCUGAGUUAUGGCUGGGCGGGAGGGAGCCCUGCCCCUCAUCACUUGAAGGAUGCCAGAAUAGGCCUACUCCCAAAGACAAAUGAAGCAUCUGGCUCAGGGGCGGAUGACCUUUGCCUCACCUGAUUUUGCUGAACUAGAAACUGUCAUGUAAGAAGGGGCUCAGAUGAUGUUCUUACAGUCCAGGCAGGUUCAUGAGGGGAAAGGCAGUCGUGGCUAUAUUUAGCAAUGGCAGCCCACCAAGAGCUUGAUAAAUUAAAUUUUGCGAACUGCCCGGGACUGCAGAAAAUGGAGCUUGUCAAGCAUGCAGAAGUCCACAAUGUAUGCUGGUUUGCUGUCUUUAGGUUGGCGAGUUACAAGUUGUGUUGGCCUGCGUUGAACAGGGAUUAACAUACUUAUGACUCCAUAUCACUACAUAUUCAGAUUUAGGCACUCUACUGUUUUCAUUAGAACAGGAGCAGAUACAGUGGUACCUCGGGUUAAGUACUUAAUUCGUUCCAGAGGUCCGUUCUUAACCUGAAACUGUUCUUAACCUGAAGCACCACUUUAGCUAAUGGGCCUCCCGCUGCCGCUGCACCACCGGAGCACGAUUUCUGUUCUCAUCCUGAAGCAAAGUUCUUAACCCAAGGUAAUAUUUCUGGGUUAGCGGAGUCUGUAACCUGAAGCGUAUGUAACCUGAAGCGUAUGUAACCUGAGGUACCACUGUACUGUGAAACAAACAUCUCCUACAUAGGUUAUGUAGGGUUUCUUUUUCUUUUUUUAAUAGCAGUGAGGUGUUGGGUUUGGAUGUUUAAUUUUAAUAUCGAUGUACCUAGGUGCCGACAUUAUAAAGGAUGACGGAAUCUACUCGAGAUAUUUCACAUCGUUCAAAGUAAAUGGUCGACACAACCUAAAAGUGCGGGUCCAGGGGCAAGGCAAGACUGGCAGAAGGAUCCGUAGGCAAAGUCAAGCUUUCUUUGCACCAGGGUUUGUAAAUAAUGGUAAGGAUUUGUUACGAAAUAGCAAUACUGGUGGUAUGCUAGCUCUGCGAUUCUCAAAGUGUGAAUGACACUGGGCAUCUCUAGAAGGAAACAAACUUCUUCCUGCCAUUUCCCUCCCCAUCAUUGUCUUUAUGUAGAUCUGGACACUUGAGUACAUAUCUCUGACACGUUCACACAUAUAUGUAGGCACAUCCUUCUUUCCUGCAAUAUUCAAAUCUGCCAUGUGCUUCUCAACUCAGUGGGUUAGAGAGAGAGAAUAGAUCUACAGCAGAUUUGUUGUUGUAGUUGUUGUUGUUGUUGUUGUUGUUAUUUCACCUUCCAGUUACGCCAAGGCAAUGUCAAAAAGAAAAUGCAAACGGUUACAAAACAGCACAAAAAAACCCGGAAUAUUCGUUUAAAAUGGAUACCUACAGUAGAGAACUCUUCAUCCAGCUGGGAUAGCUUGUCAGCAUAAAAAAAUGUAUUUUAGAAAGUGUGGGUGGGAUGUCAUAUCUCAACAGGAUGUUGUUCCAUAGAACAGGGGCAGCCACCCCAAAAGCUCUGCUUUAAGAAAAUAAUUAUGAUUUUCUGUAUAUUCUGUCUUUGUUUUGGGUUUGCACAAAAGGAAAUAAACGGGACUUUCAAAAUAAUGGGGAAGUUUGGAGGUUUGUAGUCUCACCAUAUAAUCUAUCAUCCUUCCUUCUUUCCUUCCUCCCUUCCUUCCUAGGUGUAAUAAAUAUGAAUCCCCCAAAGAUUCGUGAUGAUGACAUCGAAGUUGACGUAGGAAAUUUCAGUAGAGUGGCAUCAGGUGGCUCUUUUGUAAUGUCAGGAGUUCCGCCUGGUGGUAGUAAAAAAGAUGUUUUCCCACCCUGUAGAAUCACUGACCUUGAGAUAAAACCACUUGGUGAUUAUCAGUUCCUUUUGUCCUGGACAGCUCCUGGGAAUGACUAUGAUGAAGGAAAAGGUAAGUGCAAAAUUCUGCUUUAAUCAAUCAAUCAAUCAAUCAAUCAGUAAGACUGUAGAGUGUGUGUGUGUGUGUGUGUGUGUGUGUGUGUGCGUGUGCAUAAAAAGGUUUGUGGGGAGCCAACCACCACUUUUAUUUGCAGCAGCCUUAUCUCCCUGUAAUAUUAUAUUACAGUAGCAUUAUGUUAUUGCUCUGGGAAGAGGGAUUUCAUCCCAUCUGGUCCACCGUUGCUGAGGGCAGAGGGCUACCUGUGGAUAGGAAGUUUGAAAUGCAUUGAAAAGGAUUUCUGUCGCUGUUAUCCUUGAUGCACGACUGAAGACGCACAGCUUAAUGCAUGCCCUGUUGGCUGUUCUUUAUUUUGCAGCUGAAAGGUACGAAAUAAAAAUGAGUGAAGAUCCCUCGGCGUUGAUAGAUGCAGCUUUUCAAACGGCCACUUCUGUGAAUACCGCUGGUCUGAAAAUGGAAGUCGCUGGGGUCAAGCAAUCCUUCCAGUAUAACGCAGAAAACUUAAAAAAAUCGAAUGGCACCUCCAUCUACUUUGCCAUUCGUGCCAUUGAUGGUAGCAACAAUGUAGGAGAAGCAUCUAAUAUAGCCAGAGCAGUUGUGCUUGUUCCCAUAUUGCCAACCACCCCAGAUGAUACUUUUUGUCUGUAGCUUGUGUUUUGCAUAAACAAAAAGCCAGAAGUCUUGAUACUGGAAUGCAAUAAUACAGCUAGGAUUCUGUUUCUGUUUUGAAUUUUAAUUGGCUCAUUGUUGGUAUGCUUUUUUUUUUUUUGUAAUUUCCAUGUCUACAGCUAAGCAGCUUCCAUAAUAGAAAUGGCUUUAAAAAAUUGUACUCAAAUAUUUCAUGGCAGAAUUGUCACGAUUAAAAUGCAUCAUUAUCUUUAAAUGUGAAUUUAGUAAGUUGGCAACCCUAAUAAGCAGGUGCACUAGGGCAAACUUGUGUGUUUGGCAACCUGGUCAGUUAAUGUUUGUUAGAGACACUUAUGCUUGUGAGAUAUUCACAUGUAACACUUUUAACAGCCUGUACUAAACCUCUUUAGCCUUUUAUUCUUUCAAGUUAAGAAAACUCUUUUUAACGCAGUUGGCUUGUGAAAUCUGGUGAGCAGAAAGCAUCAGCUUUGCUAAGAAAUAGUUCUAGUGACAGCAUAGCAAUGGAACAGUGACACAGUUAUGUGCUAAGGUGGUUUUUGCUUACAGGAAGGCAGGAGAAAAGGACUGAGAUAUAACUGUCAAGCUAGCAAUCUGGAGUUUUCCUGCUUUAAUAUGCAGAAACUGUGGGUCUUUGAAACAUGGGGUGCUCCCAUGCAUGUGGAGAGAAAAAUAUUACAAUUCAAAAGUCUGGAUCAUGGCAGAGAAGAGUGCUGUGUUCACAAGACAAGACAGAUUCUAUGGGAGAGAACUUUUGUUCUCCAUAAUAAAAGGUAAAGGUACCCCUGCCUGUACGGGCCAGUCGUGUCCGACCCUAGGGUUGUGCGCCCAUCUCACUUAAGAGGCCGGGGGCCAGCGCUGUCCGCAGACACUUCCGGGUCACGUGGCCAGCGUUACAAGCUGCAUCUGGCGAGCCAGCGCAGCGCACGGAAACGCCGUUUACCUUCCCACCAGUAAGCGGUCCCUAUUUAUCUACUUGCACCCGGGGGUGCUUUCGAACUGCUAGGUUGGCAGGCGCUGGGACCGAAAGACGGGAGCGCACCCCGCCGCGGGGAUUCGAACCACCGACCUUUCGAUCAGCAAGUCCUAGGCACUGAGGCUUUUACCCACAGCGCCACCCGCGUCCCUCCAUAAUAUGUGGCACUCUCAAUGGCAAUUUGGAGAAGAACCAAUUCACAAAAAAGGGUUGCAAAUUCACAUAAUAUUGCACAGCAGGGAUUUUCAAGGGCGAGACAUGACCACAGUGCUUCCAUCUCUCACUUUAUUUUUCCCUUUUUGUACAGAGCUCUCUGGCCAGGAUCCUCUGCUUUUGUGUGUGUUUCUGCUCUCCUUGGUGGGAGUGCACUACGCUUAGGGUACUAGU